CGACAGGAUGUUGUGCACGUACAAACAAUUACUUCUUGUGCGCGUUCACAAACUUUGCACGUGUUGAAAGGUUCCUGGAGUCUGGUGAAAAUGAUUGGAGGCCCUACGUGAGUCUUUGUUUCAACGCUGCCCAAAGAACGCUGGAAUUCGUUACACAGCCUAGCCCAAUGCACAGUGUUGUAUGCGAUUGGUUCUCAAAUUGGGCAUCUGGAUUACCCAGGGUCCGACGCUCGACCUUUGUUGAAAGUGACAGUAUUCUUGAGGGUUUCCAUGGCAGAUUUCAUGGAAGAUUGUGCAUUUUACCCGUCUCUAGACCGAAAGUGGCCUACAGUCGCUCUAGAAGUAGGGUAUGCCGAGUCAUACGAGAACCUCGUUCAAAAUGCAACGCUUCUCUUGAGAGGCUCACAAGAGAGGAUCAGUCUGGUGAUUCUGGUCAAGCUACAACCUUUGAAAGAAGACGAAACGGAGAUCCAAAAGGGGUUUUUGGAGGUCUGGACAUACGAUCAUGAGAGAAAGAACUACUUCAAACUCGGCAAUCAACAACUCUAUCCUCGCCCUUCCUAUCAUGCAAAACAGGAAAUCACAUUCUCGUGGCAAAAUCUACUACGCGAACAGGAACGGAAUCUUAACCCUAAAAAGGCUCCCCUGCCCUUGUCUCUGAAGAAUCUUCGCUUUUACAUUGAUGGUGCUGUGGAGCGGUAUUUGUAUGAUAAAGGACGCAGGGCAGACUCGGAUGAUAGUGAAUAUGAGUGGUAUGACUGGACUUGA